AUACUGCACAGGCACACACUCUGCAGCCUAGUCUCUGGUCAGGUAAGAAUAAGACACACCUACACUGUUGAAAAGUGAUUUAGACAGUGUGUUUAAGACUGUGCAGGAAGUUUGAGGUCACAGAAAAGACAAGACACUAUCUACCCCAGGACGCUGCCCAUUCAGUAACCUAUCAGAUGGAGCUGCCACCUCGACCAAAACUCUUUGACUUCCAUGGAGUCUCCAUGACCAACUACUUCACUGACAACUGGGACAAUGUACAGAACUUCCAGGCCAGACCAGAUGACAUUCUCAUUGCUACCUACCCCAAAGCAGGUACCACAUGGGUCUCCUACAUUCUAGACCUGCUGUAUUUUGGCCAGACAGCCCCUGAGCGUCAGACACCCAUCUUUGAGAAGGUUCCUUUUCUGGAGUUGCUCAUUCCUCUUUACCCUCCAGGGGUGGAGGUGCUGGACAACUUAACCACCUCUCCUCGCCUCAUCAAGACUCACCUCCCAGUCCAGUUGCUGCCCAAGUCCUUCUGGGAGCAGAACUGCAGGAUAGUGUAUGUGGCCCGUAAUGCCAAGGACAAUGCAGUGUCUUAUUUCCACUUUGACCGCAUGAACCAGGCCCAGCCAGAGCCAGGAGACUGGAACAACUUCUUACAGAGAUUCAUGGAUGGAAAGAUGGUGUUUGGUUCCUGGUAUGACCAUGUGACUGGCUGGUGGGAGAAGAAACAGACUCACUCCAAAAUCCUCUACCUCUUCUAUGAGGACAUGGUUGAGGAUACGGGGAGAGAGCUAGACAGGCUGUGCUCCUUCCUAGGUUUGUCUACUUCAGCAGAGGAGAAGGAGAGGGUGAGAGGAGGAGUGCAGUUUGACAACAUGAAGAAGAACAGCAUGGCCAACUACUCCACUGACCCAGUCAUGGACUUUAAGAUAUCCCCCUUUAUGCGCAAAGGAAAGGUUGGUGACUGGAAGAACCAUUUCACUGUGGCCCAGAGUGAACAGUUUGAUGAAGACUAUAAGAAGAAGAUGAAAAACACUCAACUUCGAUUUCGCGCAACAAUAUAGGACAGCCUUCAUUAUCUAAAGCACUCCACAGGUCUUAAGAAUGUGACUGCAUGUAAAAAUGUAAUAACACAUAAUACUGUAAGUAUGGGCAGCAAAGACAAACUGUCUAACUACUGUAAAUAAACAACACCUGAUAUCAAAAACA